CAUUCAGACCAAUGUUCAGCCAUUGAACGGCAUUGGAAUAGUCAGCUGAUCAUACGUUUAGCAUUUAACAAAGCAUUAAUGUCGUAAAUCUAAUUAGAAUUUAUUUUGUAUUUCUAGUUAUCAGUUCACUUGAAACUUUUAUGUACUUUAUUCGUUGUGAAAUCUAUCAGUAGUGGUUGAUGAUCGGUUAUCAAGUAUCAAUCAAGCAAGUUGUGUUGUGACAGAGGAUCAGGGUAUGGCGAAUCGUGGCGGGGCUCAAAGACCGAACGGCACAUCGCAGGGCAAGAUCUGUCAAUUCAAAUUAGUCUUGCUGGGCGAGUCAGCUGUUGGCAAAUCGAGUCUUGUGCUCAGGUUUGUCAAGGGACAGUUCCAUGAGUACCAAGAAAGUACGAUAGGAGCUGCUUUCCUGACACAGACAGUAUGUUUGGAUGAGACGACAGUUAAAUUUGAGAUUUGGGACACAGCCGGCCAGGAGCGGUACCACAGCUUGGCGCCCAUGUACUACCGCGGUGCUCAGGCCGCCAUUGUUGUUUAUGACAUCACAAAUCAGGACACAUUCGGACGCGCAAAGACAUGGGUGAAGGAGCUGCAGCGGCAGGCGUCGCCAACGAUAGUGAUCGCGCUGGCCGGCAACAAGGCAGACCUGGCCAACAAGCGCAGUGUCGAGCUGGAGGAGGCUCAGGCCUACGCCGAGGAGAACGGCCUCCUCUUCAUGGAGACCUCCGCCAAGACUGCCAUGAACGUCAACGACAUCUUCCUCGCCAUAGCGAAGAAAUUGCCGAAGAGCGAGCAGGGUGGGGCAGGCGGGGCGGGGGGCGGCGCCGGUGGGGCGGGGGGUCGCAGAUUGGUGGGGGGAGACUCGGAAGGCCAGACAAAAGCGCCAGCCAGCUGCUGCAAGUGAUCCCAACGCCAAACCAACUAUCAGGUAUGUACCGUGCGUAGCUAGGGGGGGAUACACACAUACUCAGCAAGAGAAAGAGCGUUGGUGAAGGAGGGUUCAAGAUGGCUGCUAAGGAUCUGCUGCUGCUGUUGCUGUCUCCUUUUAGUGACUGAACCGGAGCAAGGCUGCCAAAUGAUGUUGCAAGCAGGACUGUGCAAUCACUCGUUCUCACUGAACAAUUGUGUGUAGAUGUUUUUAGUCUUGGACUACAUAAAUAUAUGAUAACAUAAAAUACAUCAUAUGCAAACAACAAAAAAAUGUAUGAAUAAAUGCAGCAGCGUUCCUCAUUUGUGUAAAAAAGGAAAGACGAUUGAGCGCUCACUUUUCAGAUGUGUGAUCUUCAUCAUCUUAAUUGUGAUUAUUCUAAUUAUCAUCUUUAUCGUUAUCAUCUAUAAUCAUCAUCAUCAUCAUCAUCAUCUUCAUCAUCAUACACUGUAAAUCGGUUUCCUACUUUCUAUGAUAUUUGUUAUACUUUCCAACUUCAUAGAAUAUAAUUUAUAUUCAAUAUUAAUUGUUUUCUGAAUUCCCGAGUAAAUUUGUAUGUGUGAGAAAAUGUUUCUAUAAUAGAUGCGUUUCGCAAGUUUUUGUGAUUUUAAAUUUAUUUCGGAGGCUUGCAAUAAAACUGUUCAUUGCAUCAUGAAUUAAACUGUUCAUUCGUUACAAAUUUAAUAUGAAAUGCACAGAUUUCUUGAAAAAGUUUUAGAGUGUUUGAGCCCUACUACCUUCCUAUUGAAUGCAUUUUAUUUUUAUUUUCACCUUGAUAAAUUUAUAUAAAUAAUUAUAAUGUUGAAGAAUUAUAAUGUUAUAGUGUAUUAUAAUACAAUGAAAAUAUUUAUAUUUAGUAUAAUAUAUUAUAUACUUUAUAUUACUACAAACAUUCGAAUGGUAUAGAUGUUAGAAUUUAUUUACGUUUGUUUUUAUUUUAUAUUUUUCAAUAUGAAAUUUAUUAUCUUUUAUGCUGAAACUUCUGUUCCUUGUCCCGGGUGUAAAUAAUCCUACAAAAAACACUAAUUUUAUAAACUAAAUUGUUUAAAGUAAUGUUCUUUUUCUUCUCAAUAAAGUAUAUUCUAUAAGAGUUUUUCAGUCUAGUGAUGAUAUUUCCUUUCUACUUGGUGUUAAAGUGAGACAAAAGCUAUUGAAUCUUUGUGAAGGGUUAUUAUUUGGGCUCUUAUGCUGGUUAACUAAUGUAUAAGUUACUUUUUUACAAGUAUUCACUUCAAAUUUUACAAUCUGUAGUUGAAAAUUUGAAGUUUCAAUAUUGAUCAUUUUGAUACCAGAUUGACAUUUGUAAUCCGGUUCCCAAGGCUUCAUUUAUAUAAAAAUAUUUGUAGUUUGGCAUUAAUUGAAUGAUCUGAUAUGAAAUAAUGAGGAUUCCUAUGAUUAUCGCUAGGCUUUAAAUACUCAGCUAGAAUAUCAACAUUGUAAUUUUCAAAUAUCAAUCUUUCUCCGCCGUACAGUAGGCCUACUGAAUGUGGAAGGAGUAUCUUGCUGAUGUUAUUAAUUUCAUUUUGAGAUUUGAUCCCAUUUUUCCAGAAAGACCACUAUUUUUAUUGAUGUUGUUUAAAAUAUCUCUAGUUUGACCAGCGUAGUUAGAUGAACAGAGAAUUUAGCAUAACAACUUGUUUUUGUUCAUCUGAACAAAAUGUUAGAUUUAAUUUAUUAUACUUUUUUAUUUAAAUUAGCGAUUUAGUUAUUUGCUGCAUAGGAAGUUCUUUGCUAUUGGAAGGCUAAAUAAUGUUCAAAUAGAUUUCAAGGUAUCUGAAGCAUACUGUUACCCGUAUUUUUUUUUGAGUGAGCUCUUUCUCCUUCAAUUAAGUUCAUUGGUCAAAAGUGUUUUUAUUUUGAAUCUUUUCGAAUAAAAUGCAUGUUGAACAAUUACAUUCCAAAAUUAAUGUUGAUAUUAAAUCGUUUUUGCUGACAAAAUUCUAUGAUUACAAUAUAAUAUACAAUGAUCAAAUUUCUGAUCCGUAAUUCUAAAAUGAAUGCAACAUUCUAAAAUAUUGUCAUAAACCUAAUCCUAAACUCAAGCGUAUUACAUUGAUACCAUCAGCGUACGACAUGUAGGACUGGUACUGGAAGUCAUUUCCUUUUAUUAAAUCAAAAUCACAGUAUAACUACGAUUGUAGUCUCUAUAUUAUCAAUAUCUCUAUAGUGGAACCAAAACAAUUUUUUAUUAAAUCAAAAUCACAGUAUGACUAUAAUUGUAGUUUAUGUAUUCCAAUAUCUCUAUAGUGGAACUAAAACAGAUAAAGCUUUAUCCUUUUUCAACAACACACCGUUGCCAAAUUAUUUGUGGACAAAAAAGAAAUAUAAUGAACUUCAAUAUACAUAUUGUAUACCUUUCUGAUAUAAUCAGAAGGUGGUUUUCAUAGAUCAUUACUGAACAGUAGUUCCACUCAAGCAAUUUAGAAUAAUAUUUUUGAUUUUCUUAGAAAGAAUUUACAUUGCCAUUAGAUAGAAAAUCAUUCCUCCUAUUCGGUAGGCGUAGGUACCGUACAUUUGAAAAAAUGUAUAAUUUGUCUCAUUUAGAGGUACCUCUAAACCUAAACUGAUAUCUGAUUAAUGAGUUUAGAUUUCAACAUUUCAUUAAUUCAGGGUACCGGUAUGAAAACAGAAAUCUGUGCAUUGAUCAAUUAUGUUUAUGAUUUCAACUGAGAUUGUAAAAGCCCAGCAAAUUUGUGCAGUCAUCAGUUCAUAUUACCAUUUCAUUGAAAUAAAUAUAUCGUCGUUUUUAUAUUCAAGAAAAAAUAAAAUUUCGUCAAUAGUAUUCCAUAUAGUAACCUAAUUUUAUAUUUCUUCCAAUUUAUAAUAUUCUUUAAACCCAUAAUUAGAUAAUUUUUAUGAUUUUGUAAAAAAUAUUAUCCCAUGAUAGAUGCACAUCAGGAUUGAUUAUUUAGUGUGAGGAUGGGAAAUCGCCCCCAUUAGUCUUGUUAAACUUGCUUAUUAUCAGCUUUUCAUUUAGAUGCAUAUAUUAUUUCAAUUAUUCUAUUAUAAUGUAAAUCUCCAAUUUUUGUAUAAAAUGAACCGUUGUAUUGAUAUCAUGAAACUGUACAGUUAGAUGUCUAUCAAAAUUUGUGUAUAAAGAUAUCUAGAUGAAAAGAAAUUAGAUAUAAUUACAUUCAUACUAAAAUAUUUAUCAAUAUACUAUAAUUGAAUAUAAAUUAAUUUAAAAUUUUUAUGGUUUUCAAAAAUCAACCUCCAUUAUUUGAGUUUUUAUACUGUACCAACAAUGCCUACUCAACAAUGAUACAGAUAGCCUACUAGAGGCUCAUUUGAAUACCUAGUUUUUUUUUUAGAUUUGAUUACGGUAUCAACUUUACGUGAACAUUCAGGCUGUGAUUCAGUUUAAUUGAUUGAAAAAAAUAACAGAAUUUCUAAAAUUUGGAUUGAUAUGGUACUGCCCAUCCUUAUUAUACUUAUAUUCAACAAGGGCAGAAAUGAAUUGAAUCUGAAAGUUUUUUGAUUGUACUUGAUUCAUAAACAUUCGACAUGUUUUCACCCUUAUCAAUAAAUGCUAAUACAGCUAAUUUUAUCCUCUGCAAUUUGCACUUACAUAAAUUUAUAUUUCUAGGUGAAUCGUGUACAGAAAAUAUUAUUGAUUAAUAAAGACCAAGCUAUUUGUUUUA